GCGAACGAGAGUGGAGUUUAUCCGUGCCUUUAGUUUAAGUACUUGGCGACGUUGAAACAAUCUAGCUCUUCCGAAGAAGUGGAUGGGAAACAAAGGAGUACUUGGCUAUCGGUUAUUUCCACACGUUCCUCUACACAACUUCGGCACACAAUACAUCAGCGUAAGUGAUACUUGUUCAAGCCAUAGAUAUCCUGUCACAAUUCCUACAAGAUCAAAGGUUCUUUGAAUGAUUGAGUCGUUAAAAUGUGUCCAGUAUUUCAAAGGAGAUCCUUUAGAUGAGUUAACUUCAUCAUCACCAUGUUUACCUCCUCUACAACCUUCACGAACACACAAGGUGUUCUUUCGUUGUGACAGUAACCCUGUAAAGCCACCUAUACCAUAUCCUGAUGACUAUCAGGAUAAGUGGAACGGAUUGUUUGUUCGUAUGCCAUGUUCUCCUGAAAGCGUUUAUCCGGUUUAUGAAGGUGGUGCUAAUAGCCUUAUUUCUAGAUGGGUCGUGAUUGAAAAGGCGUUGAGAAAUAAGAUAAAAUCUCCUGACGAGUUGAAGGAAGCUAUUCUCUCCUACAACUAUCGUUUCAAAUCCUACUGGAAUUUUAAAACAUUAGAACAAUUAUGUAUGUUGGACCUGAUCCCCGAUGGUGGAAACGAUAAUUUCUUCGGUAACACCCUUUCCGGAAUUUGUUCGUUAGCACUAAAUUUGCCUAUUUUUGUUACAAAACCUAUUCCUUUACUAUCAUGCCGAAAAGAAUGCGCACUUACUUUAAGUCAACUCCAGAUAGCCAGUCUUUUGGCAAAUGCUUUGUUUUGUACAUUUCCUAGACGUAAUUGUCACAGUCAAGAUGCAGAAUAUGUUAAUUUCCCUCAGAUCAAUUUCUCUCAUUUACUGUCAGCAAAAGCCGACAGUAAAUAUAAUACAAGCAGGACACUUCAUGUCAAAAUUGAAAAGCUACGUUGCAUCUUACACUAUUUUCAUCGUGUUCUUCAAAAGUUUCCUACGGGAUCAGUUACAUUUACAAGACGCUGUCUAGGUAAUUUGUCACCAGAUUGGUCGAGGAGCGAAUUAACAUUUGAUCAGUUGCGUUUACAUGUCAGUGCCACAGGAUCAAUUACUGAUGCUGGUCCAAACACCUUACAAGUUGAUUUCGCCAACAGUUAUCUCGGUGGUGGUGUUUUAAAUGGUGGAUGUGUACAAGAAGAAAUUAUGUUUGCUUUACGACCAGAAUUGUUGGUCAGUUGUUUAUUUGUCGAGCGUCUGGGGUUUGAUGAGACACUUAUUAUUGAAGGUGCUGAACAGUAUUCCGUAGGUUCUGGCUAUGCUGAUGAUUUCUGUUGGGCUGGAGAUUUUAUUCAUUCGGAUAGUGGGAUGAAACGCGAUAAGUGGGGGAGAUGGAAUUAUGCAGUAGUAGCAAUGGAUGCUACUAAAUACAGUAAUCCUAUGGAACAGUAUAAUGUCGAGGAAAUGCUAAGAGAAUUAAAUAAGGCAUAUUGUGGGUUUACCGACGAGUUAUUUCCUGAAAGAAAACUACCUCCAGUUGUAGCUACUGGAAAUUGGGGAUGUGGUGCUUUUAGAGGUGAUGUAGAACUGAAAUGUAUACUUCAAAUGAUGGCAUGCCUUCAAGCUAAAAAGUCACUGGCAUAUUUUACUUUUGGUGAUAAAGGGUUUUGUGAUAGAAUCUAUGAAAUGUAUACGUUGCUUUCUUCUGAAAAAGUAACUAUAGGACGAUUAUGGCAAAUACUAAUUCAGCAUGCUGGACAUGACUUGAUGAAAAACCAAUCUGUAUUUGAUCUUAUUUCUCAAACAUUGAAGUAAACGUAAAUCAUUGAUACAUAUGUAAAAUACCACUAACUUUUAUGUCAAACCUCUUUUUUAUUUGCCUUUUCACGAACUUGGUAGCUACAAUUUCACUACCUUCGCUUUGCAACUUGUACAAAACACAAGGAAAAAAAAACAAACUCCAAAGUAAUCGUUUUGCCUGUAAUUAGAAACGUAAUUCAUUUUUAUCUUAAUGGUUAGUUUUCCAGGAUGGGAGUACAACCUUUAUUGAGACAAAGUUCUGUUUCUGUUAACUAAGUAUUCAACGUUUAGAUUUUCUUUGAAGUGUAAUUGCCAUUCCGUUAAAUAGGAUAGAUUAAUUGUAUAAUAUCCAUGUAUAACCAGGAAUAUGAGUAUUCAGUUUUCAAUGUUCAAAAUUAACAUUUAAUCCAAUAAUUCUGAAGC